CCGGCUACCGUUCGGUGCGGACGCAGAAUGCCUUGCUCCGUUGGGGCGGUGUUUGCGGCUCAGACGAGCCGCGGUAACAGGAAUGCUGCUAUGGAUAGCCAGGACUACCAAGUUAUUUUGCCGCCUCUGCCUACAGGACCAUGCGUGGCCAACACGCUUUUUCUUCACGGAGACGUAAAGGCAAGGCCUUACCGAGUCGAAGAAUUUCGAGACACGCUGGUUCGUCUGGGUCUGCUUCCCGAGGUUGACGCCUUGGGGGCUUUCCAGAUGAACCACGUGUGGGCGGUUACUUUCAGAAGCCCAGAUGCUAUGAAGAAAAUGCUGGCCCUCGGAGACAUUACGGUUAAGGAGCGUCGCUGCCUGGUGGUUAACCCAGCCAGCCAGGAUGUGCGGCUUAAGCUCUACUGGCUCCUUCACAACGUGCAAGAUGAGGACGUCCGCGCCGCUCUCACGCCUUUUGGGAAAGUUACGGAGGUCUUCAGGGAACGCUGGCGCGUGCAAGGCAUCACCGAUAAAGGUUCGUCAACCCGCAUCGUAUCGAUGAAGCUGAAACCAGGAAUUACCAUAGACGACCUCCCGCAUCAACUUCGGGUCGCCGGCAUCAUGACACUGCUGGUUGCGCCUGGGCGUGCCCCGCUCUGCCUGAGGUGUAACCGCACAGGUCAUAUCAGGCGAGACUGUCGCGUACCGCGCUGUGCUUUGUGUCGGCGCUUCGGGCACGACGAAAGCUCGUGCGUGCGAACGUACGCGAAUGUGGCGGGACCAUCCAAGAGUGAUGAAGUCAUCCAGGAGCACACAAUGGACGCAUUCGAUGCUGAAGAGACGGCUGGAAAAGGUGGCGUGGUGCAACGUCCUGAACCAAAGGAAGACACCCGUGAACCAGCGAAGAAAACGGACACCAAAGAAUUAGAGGAGAAGCCUGCUCGAGCUAAAGAAAAAGAGCACCACGCGGAAAAUGACAAGAACAAGACAAGCAACGAGCCUGCGGAAUCGCCCGGACACUCUCCGAGUCUCAUGGACACGACGGAGCCCCUUAAAGGAGCGGGCCCGGUAAAACGUCCACUCGAAACUAACGAGAAAAGAGGUGACGGACCAAGUGGGUCAGGCCACGAGGAACCACUUGCGAAAACACCGAGUGGCCGUCGGUCGAGCUUCAAGCCGACGCCUAAUAUCCCAACUGGCCGAAAAGGGCCAGCGUCGGGACCGACGUGAGCCCCCAGCAAGUGUUCGCAGUAUGUGUGAGUACUGAGGUGGGGGAGGGGAAGAUGUAAAGACUGUCGUUGCAUUCGAACGAAGUCAGUGUCAGUAGUCUGUUUAAAAAGGACUUUAGUCUCACGCGCCUCCUCACAUUACCAUGAAAAUACUUCUAGACACAGCCUUACGAUUUGGUACAAUUAAUGUUCGAGGCCUUGCAGGAAGGCGCAAGCAAUAUCAGCUUUGUCGCCUGCUCAUGAAAAAGAAUCUUGACGUAAUCGGUGUACAAGAAACAAAAGUCGAUAGUGAAGAAGGGACGGAUCAAAUGUUGCAUUCAUUUAGGUCACGUUUUUACGUGUGUGUUUCGCACGCAUGUGGUACUUCAGG